GGUGCACUCGAUUUAUCCCGAGCUGGGUCUCUCUCCGACUCGGCGCCCAUGACACCCUGCAAGGAGUCCUGUUGCAGUCCUCCCCACUUUGACGCCGGACUCCUAGAGACGCAGAGAUGGCUCGCACAGACAGCGUCGAACAGUCUUCUGCUGCCCCCAGCCCACCCACAGCAGCAGCAGAGUUUGGAGUACCUGGACAGAAACGGGAUUGCCGUUGAGUCGCGGCCCAGCUGCCGUUCCGAAGACGGGCGAGUCGAAGAGGAGAAGUGGACAGGGGAGUUGGAAGUGGAGCAGGUCCCGGUUGAAGUCAAUGAGAGGACAGUAGCUGAGGAUGUGACGAUGGAGCUUGAUGAACAUGAGAACAACUCCACGGAAGUUGAAAGGACCCCCUAA